UAAAGCUGCAUUCCGCCCCACCCCUUGCUAACAACAUCAUCACUGUACCUAAAUCAGGAAGCACCGACACGUUUUCUUUUCUGUUUUCUUUAUUAUUAAUUUAUUUACGGAGACACUUCGGUAAUUACAUCUACGGUGAACCAUAAAGCGGGAAAGGCGUUAUUGUUGAUGUUGUUGACGUCCACCGUCGACAACUGUCGAAAGAAGACUGACAGUUGGUUACAUCCAGUGCAAGGCUCAGCUGUGGAUGCAUUUGACACAGACUAACCGGAGAAGGUCUCUGUCAGCAGCAUGGGCCAGCAUCUAGGAAAGAGGGAGUCUCCCACAGGCAGCAAGGCUCCAUCACCUGAACCUGUAGCAGAGCCAACAGCAGCAGCACUAGUGGCAGUAACGGCAGAGCCUGACUCACAGGAUGAAGUCUUUGGCCUGGGUGAGGCAGAUGCGAACCAGAACAAUGGCUGCGUCUCGGAGAAGCCGGCGGUGACUGACUCCACGGGCGCUGAGGGCCCCCACCAGCCCUGGCCCAACGCCAGCACAGCUGACCCUGACGCCGCCACGCCACGCCCCCACCUGGUCCGCCUCUUCUCCCGAGAUGCCCCGGGCCGCGAGGACAACACCUUCAAAGAGCGACCCUCCGAAUCGGACGAGCUGCAGACCAUCCAGGAACACAGCGGAGCGGCUUCAGAGUGCGGGUCGGAGAGCGCCGAACAGGACCUAGACUAGGAUAGCUUCAUUUUCCCCAUCCCUCCCUCUCGUUUUUCUUUUCCCUUCUCUGUUUUUCGCUCUCUCAUAUUUACGUGAGAGACCAGAGCCCUGCAUUUGACAAAUACAAAUAUACUACCAACCACUACUACAGCCAUGGCAUCCGCAGGCAGCAGGAAGAAGAGCCCUGGCCUCCUGGAUCAGAUUGGAAAGUUCUUUGAAGGGGACAAGAAGAGGAAGAGCAAGGGAUCUUUCCGAGGAGCUCUCUCUCCGGGCCCUCAGAAAGCCUCUGCUGCCGCCCCACGUAAGCGCGGAGCAGAGAACGCUGUGGUCCACUUCUUCCGCACGAUCGGUGACCAGAAGUCACAGUCUGCUAAAGCUAAGAAGGCCAGUGCAGGGGACGGAAAAGGCUCCCUGACUAGGAUCUUCAAAAUGUGAUGAUAUCGGCAGCGGAGGAAGCAGGAGUGCUUCUCCAGCCAAACGCUGAAGUCCCUCUCUACAACCCCUUCCAACAGCACGAGGGCAGAUGUUCAAGAUCGCGGGGCUAAAGUAUUGAAAAAGAGGAAAAGAAGAAAAA